CAAAUCGGCGUCAGCUUUGGUCGCGUACGGUGGUGGAUUUGAUUGCAAGUGCGGCCGGUAGGUAGCGCUAUUGUGGCGGUGAGCGCGCCUCUGAGUGCGGCAAGAGGACACUCUCGGUCUCGGGCUCGGGUCGAUAUUGCGCGGGCCAUGAUCUGCGUACUGCGCUCAGACACUGAGACAGCCGCGCCGCGCGCCCGCGUUGAGUAGGGUCAGGUGAUCUGAUAAGUCAGCUGGACCAACCAACACCGGUCUCAUCACUUCACUGAUAACGCCACCGGUCAAUCAGUGCAUUGUGUGUAUUUUGUGUGUGUGCUCCUACUCGGGCAAUUAAUUAAGUUUUGGAUCGGUAUUGACUUGUAUUGCCAUCUCCGACAAUGUGUAGGUUUAUCUCAAGUCAGCGAAGCAAUCUGCAAAAUUGACACUUCGAUCUCUGUGCUUUACUACUGGAACUAAUUCAAUAAUAUCUUUUGACUUUGACCACUAGUUCAACAUACGUUGUACCCUAACCUAGUGUAAUUCAGAUUGACAAUAUAGGGUUGUUUGUGUUGACUGUGGUAAACAAGUUUUGUGUAGUCAGGAACUGAUUAAAGUGUAUCAACCCCAAUUAAUUUCCAUACGGUUUGUGUUCUCAAUCACCUAACUAGCUGUUUAAGUUAUGUGAUGACUCAUAAGUGUAUAUCAAUUUUCAAGUCCAAUAGUUAGCAUUCCCAGUGAGGGUUCACUGUCUCUUCAACUCUAGUGCAGUGCAGUUCCCAGCGUUUGUGCCAUAUAUAACCCAAUAUUAUAUUGUAGACAAACCUUGUUACCAAAAAACGUUGAUCUUUACAGGCAUGUAUUGAUCAACUCGAAUAUUGUGUGACAAUAUUUUCUGUGUGAACUGAAUUGAAUAAUUUGUGGGCAGGAUGGUGAUGACUUGCUAUGUGAUAGCCGGUGUUCUGGCGGUGCUCGUCGCUCUCUACUGGAUUUUGGAAGUGCACUACUUCCUCAGGAUGGCCUUCAGCGUCUUCCUCGCCAGGUUCAUCAAGAAGAGAGUUCACAUUUUGGACACGACUGAAGUCAGAGGUGUUUGUCUGAGCACAGACGUAGACACGCUACUAUUUCACAUGAACAACUCGAGGUACAUCCGAGAGCUGGACUUCGCCAGAGCCGACUUCUACGAGAGGACAAGACUGUAUAGCACCAUCAGAGGGAAGGGAGGUGCUGUGGUUCAGGGUGCCUGCACCAUUCGCUACAGGCGCUUCGUCAGGCCUUUCUCCUGUUUCAAAAUCACUUCAAAGAUAAUCUACUGGGAUCACCAGUCGAUAUUCAUGGAGCACAGAUUUAUCACGCCGAAGGACGAGUUUGUGCGUGCGGUGGUAGUGUGCCGACAGCGGCUGAUCGGAGUCAACGCAGAGGACAUCAUGCACGAGCUGAUGAAGGAGAAGGAAGCCAACCUCGAGCUGGGAUUCUGCAAGCCUGAGUGUCCUCUCGAGGUCAAGAAGUGGAACGAGUCCAACGAGAUCUCCAGCGCCAACCUCAGGAACGGCUGCUGACAUUUGCCUCAACCUCAACAGACUGUUGCUUGUACCUCUUAAGCGGGUUAAUUAUUAGACAUUUGAAGGGGUUAGAAUACAAGUGGUCCUAGUCACGGUUUGUAGAAGAAGAAUUUUUAUUUAAAUACCGUGGUCCUAGUGACAUAUUGUUAGUUUCGAGAAAUUGAGUCUUAAGCCGUGUCCACACUGAACACAGACAAACAUGCUUGUUGAGGAGCUUAGGGACAAACAUUUUAAAAAGUUUGGACAAUCAUUGUUUGUCAAACAAAAAAUUACUGUUUUCCAAACAUUUUCAGAGUUGACAGCUGUAAAACAUAAAUCCUGUUCUUCCCACUUACAAAUAUUUUGUUCGGUGACGCGUUCACACUGGUCACGGGCAAACAUUGUUUGUCAAACCUAAUAAAAUUUGCCCAAACUUUUUCAACAAACAUGUUUGUCGACCAUUUGACCAGUGUGGACACGGCUUAAAGUUUAUAUACAUUAAUUCUUCAUUCAUGAAAUGAAUAUAGAAAUGAUAUUCACCUAUUCAGUAUACUUUUACCAAAUCAAACGUACAUGUCUCAAAUUGCUUUUUUUCUCAGUUAUCAGCCAAAUAGUGAUAAGAAAUAUCACUUGUGCCCCUUGUUUGCCAAACAAAACUCUAUUGUCUAGCUACACAUAAAUCUAUCAAAUUUACCAGCAAUUGAACAAUGAUUAAUGACCUCAUUGCAAUAUUAUCAAAUUCGCUAAUUGGUUCUUGAGGUAUCUUUUGCUUGGUGACAUGGCUUAAUCAAGGAUAAAUUUAAUUUGAUGGAUACGAGCAACCGUUGUUCAGUGAACAAGGGAUUCAAGUCACUUGGACCCCUUGUUUAAUCAAAUAAACUGAUAACCAUAGCUGAUUGUAUGGUAUGCGAUGUUGUGGUAAUUUCUUCAUAAUUGAAAGAAUAAAGCUGCGUUUACACCAAAGUUAUUAACAAAAUGUUAAUAACUUAAUCCUUAUAGAUUCUAUUAGAUUAAACAUAACUUAUCAUACACAUGAUGAACAUAUGUGUUUGCCAAGUUCCUUUCAAUCUAAUAGAAUCUAUUAGGAUAAAGUUAUUAACAUUUUGUUAAAAUGUAAACGCAGCUUUAGAUGUUGAUAUUGUCAAUACCACUUUAAUUUAUUCAAAAAUUAAUUCAUUUACUGAACCAGGUUUCAUGGUAACAUCUUCGAAGAUGUGGUAGGUGUUACCAUGAAACCUGGUUCUGUCAUAUGAAUUAAUUUUCGAAUAAAUUAAAAUGGUAUUGACAAUAUCAACAUCUUAUUCUUUCAAGUAAACAGCUGUUUCAAAAUUUAGUUUACAAAUUUCACACCAGAUGUCAGCACUGAUUAGACUUACGCUUUUACGCUUAUACCUCUGGUAUAGAUUUUUACCACUUUCAGCUAUCGAUUGCUGUAGCUAACUUGAAAAAAAUGAAAAAUGUCACUUGGAUCUCUGGUAUUCUGACCCCCUCAUUUAUAACCAACAGCUUUAAUGAGAAAUUCAGUCUUAUUGUUCAGGUGAUGAAGACUCCAUGGAUAAUAAAUUCAUUUUUCAGCUAGACCUAGAUGGUAGCAAAAUGAAUAUUAUUAUACAAUUUUAUGUUCCUGUAUAAUAUAUUAUCAAGAAGCUUAUUAUUUCUUGUUAUGAAAUAUAAUAAUAAACCAUAUUAUUUACAAGAUAGUGCAUUAUCAGUUGUUGGGACUAAUAGAAGAGAUGUGUGAAGAGUGAUUUACUAUUGUGAUAUUAUAAAUAACUAUUUAGGACAGAUUUGAUGUAGGUUUAUGCGAGAACCCAAACCAAUUUUCAGAUUUAGUAUUAAUGUUAAUCAAUAUGUAUUACUCUCAGUUAACCUUUGUAUCAUUAGAACUUCGUUAUUUUUCAAAAGACACAUUUGUUUCACUCAUUACUGGAUUGAGAAUCAUAAACAGCAGAACAAUAUUAUAAGCCAGCAUAUUUAUGUAAUUUCUCUUGAAAAAUUCCUACUAUUACACUGUACUACUGUAUUUAAAUAGAAUCAGAUCGUCAAUAGAUUAGGCAAAACUAUACUGUUUUUGAAAUUGUAAUCAAUGUAAACUUAUACUGUUAUGUAUCAAUAUAGAUUGAAGCUGGCCAAUGUAACUUGCACGUACCUUUAUAGCCAAAAUAAUUGCCUUCAAUUCUAAUGAGGUGGAACAAAUUUAAAUUUUAUAACAGCAUUUGUUUAGCGGAAAUGUUGUUUGAAGAUGCUGGACAUCUUUACAGUGUACUUAAUAUAUUGUUGGAGAAUUUUUGUAAUAUGAAUAAAGUUGAAUACUGAGUUCAAUAA